GGCGCGAGCCCCUCGGAGGGGCUGCUGGACUCCGCGUACCCCCGCACCCACGCAGCCCUGCUGAAAGUGGCGCAGAUGGUCACACUGCUGAUUGCCUUCAUCUGUGUGCGGAGCUCUCCGUGGACCAACUACAGUGCCUACACCUACUUUGAAGUGGUCACCAUUUGCGACUUGAUAAUGAUCCUCGCCUUUUACCUGGUCCACCUCUUCCGCUUCUACCGUGUGCUCACCUGUAUCAGCUGGCCCCUGUCGGAACUUCUGCACUAUUUAAUCGGUACACUGCUCCUGCUCAUCGCCUCCAUCGUGGCAGCCUCCAAGAGUUACAACUGGAGCGGAUUGGUAGCCGGAUCGAUCUUCGGUUUCUUGGCCACCUUCCUCUGCCUGGCGAGUGUAUGGCUGUCCUACAAGAUCUCGUGUGUAACCCAGUCCACAGAUGUGGCUGUCUGACCAGGCCACAGCCUCCCAGCCCCUCAGGAGCUCUGCAGACAGGAGGACCCCAGGCCAGUCUCCUGGACCUGUGACCCAGUGCCAAAGACCUGCCCUGGCUGGUGGACGUCAGGAAGGGCCUGCAGUUUCCUUUGGCCUUUGGAGGAGGUGGUUCGCUGAGCUCCUGAGCUGGCCAGAUUUCUUCAGUCCUCCUUGGAGAACAGUCCUCCUCUUCUGCCAGAAAGGAAAGCAGCCUCAGGGGCUCCCUUCCUUAUAGAACCACCUCAGGUACUGAUGGUCCUAGUUAACAAACGUGGGAGUUUGUGAAUACUCCUUCAGGAAUCUGCUUCCACUUCACUUUCCUCAGGGGAAUGCCCAAUGCCUUAAAUUCCUCUUACAAAAACAAAGCCGCCUCAUAAUUUAUCUAGCUUGUCAAUCUGGUCUCUAAAAUAUCCUCUUUCUGAAAGUGGUCAGCCUGUUCCCAAAUAGGACAUCUUGUGUCUCCUUUCCUUCUCUCUGCCUUUGUUACCAUUGUGUGUGUGUAUGUGUGUUGAGUUUUUUAAAAAUAAAAUAUUGAC